AUGUCCACCCUGUUCUUGAAAGUCGCAAACAACUGUUACCCAACACCGACAAUGGACCCAAGUUACCAGAGUUCCGAAACGCUCUUUGAGGGCCUUCCAAUAGACACUCUUGGCAAUGGGCUGUCAGCGUCGGCCGUCAAGUCCGGUAUUGAUCGUUUGCUUGAGCAUGACAUCGAACCCGAACACAAUCUUGGAAGUUUUGUAUCUACUGGUCUGAACGAUGAUGGGGAAAGGCAUCUUUUGGAGAAUUACAAAAGGAAUCUCGCUUGCCAAAACGAGUAUACCGGUGUUCGCAAGUGAAGGAUACAUGACCGAUGCGUUGAAACACUAGGAGCAGUAUGGGGUUCAUCGUGCAACGACAAGCCAACCGGUUGUGCGGCGUCUGGCAGUUCUGAGGCUAUCCUCCUUGGUAUUCUGGCUAUGAAACGAAAAUGGGAGACAGAAAACGGGGGUAUGGCUUCUUCGAAUGGUUCAGCCCUCAAUUUAAUUACAGGAAGUCAUGCCCAUGUCGCUGUGACAAAUGCGGCUAAAGCAAACGACAUCGAGAUUCGGUCAGUUCCAGUAAGGCCAGAAGGUAAUUACAGCUUCGACCCGUCCAAAAUGCAAGGGCUGUUGGACAGUACUGUUCUUGACAAUUAUGAACAGUCACAUGGUCACAGUAUUCCAAUCCAUGUUGAUGCAGCUAGUUGUGACUUCGUUGCGCCAUUUAACGGCGGGAAGUGUAGUCGAUGGGAUUUUUCUGUUCCCCGCGUCAUCUCUAUUAACGCAUCCGGACAUAAGUUCGGUCUUACAGCUGCGGCUUUGGGCUGGAUUAUAUGGCGCGAUCAGAGAUUCCUGUCCUCGGACAUGCUCCACGAAUCGCCCUACCUUUCAGGGCAUCAUGGGCUUCCAACUCUUCGAUACUCUCAACCUUCAAGCAGCGUAUUAAUUCAGUAUUACUAUCUAGCUCAUCUAGGUCGCAAGGGUUUUGAGAACAUCAUUCAAGCUCUGUUGCAGCGAUCCAGUGCUCUAAGCAGGACUUUAGAAGGGACGGGGAUAUUCGCAUGUAUCAGUGAGUCCCACAGGACCGCGGCAAACACGUUGCCAGUAGUUGUCUUCCGUGUGAACUCUGCGGUACGAGAACAACGCCCGAAAUUUAACGAGCAGUGGAUCAGUGAUCAACUCUUUCAUAAGGGCUACAGUGUUCGAAACUUCCUAUCGAUGGAGAGGACAUAGAGGUCUUGCGAGUGGUUGUAAGACCGAGCCUCAAGCCUACUGUGCUAGAUUCAUUUGUUACCGAACUUCUGUCUUUGAUUAAUGAUGAC